AACCCUUUAACUUAUUAUUAAUUCACACACACGUGUGAAGUUUGAAACAACUUGUAUCAUAAAAAGGGGCCACACACAUCUUCUUCACCCAAUUCAAAACCACACUCACAAACUCUCUGUUUCAUCCCCAUAACCACCACACAACAAACUGCAAUUAUACAUACAUAUUAUACAUACAGAUAACUGAAUUUAUAACAAAUUCAAACAUGCCUAGAAGUAUACAGCCGUUGGACGUCGGAGUUCAGAUCCCCUACCAUUUCCGAUGUCCGGUUUCGCUCGAGCUGAUGACAGAUCCGGUAACCGUCGCCACCGGUCAGACAUACGAUCGUUCGAGCAUCGAGUCAUGGAUAGCCACCGGAAACAUCACGUGUCCGGUAACUCGUCUUCCUCUAACUGAUUUCACACUCAUUCCAAACCACACGCUCCGCCGUUUGAUCCAGGACUGGUGCGUUGCGAACAGAUCGUACGGUGUAGAACGAAUUCCUACACCGAAGCAGCCUGCUGAUCCGAUCGUUGUCCAAUCGUUGCUUAAACAAGCAUCGUUAGCGUCUAAUUCACGGCUCGUGAGGAUUACGGCGAUUCGCCGACUCAGAGGACUUGUUCGUGACUCGGAGAAGAAUCGAUUAGUUAUUUCGACGAAUAAAGCGAGUGAGAUUUUGCUCGAUGUGUUGUUUUCUGAAACGGGUCGUAACUCGUCCGAGUUGAUUCAUGAGUUACUUGCGAUUCUAGCGGUUCUUCCGAUUUCCGAAACGGAGUGUGUUCUAGUAUCUUCUGUUCCCGAUCGAGUUUCGUAUUUGAUUUUUCUGUUAUCGCACUCGUCGAUUGACGUCAGAGUCAACACGGCGGCAUUGAUUGAAACCGUUAUCGCCGGAACGAGUUCACCGGAACUCCGAGCGGAAAUCAGCAGUCACGACGAGAUCUUCGACGGAAUAAUCGGAAUUUUAGAUUAUCCGUUAUCGUAUCCGCGAGCUUUAAAAAUCGGAAUCAAGGCGUUGUUCGCACUCUGCAUCGUGAAACAACACCGUCACAAGGCGGUGGAAGCAGGUGCGGUGGAGGCGGUUAUUGACAGACUGCCGGAUUUUGAAAAAUGCGACGCCGAAAGAGCGUUGGCGACGGUGGAAUUAUUGUGCCGGGUACCGGAAGGAUGCGCGGCGUUUGCGUCUCAUGCGCUUACGGUGCCGUUGCUAGUGAAGGUUAUUUUGAAGAUCUCGGACCGUGCGACGGAGUAUGCUGCCGGAGCACUGCUGUCGCUUUGUUCCGCCGUUGAACGGUUGCAGGUUGAGGCGGUGGCUGCCGGAGUUUUGACUCAGUUGCUGUUGCUUGUACAGAGCGAUUGUACGGAACGAGCGAAGAGAAAAGCGCAAACGCUGUUGAAACUUUUGAAGAACUCGUGGCCGGAAAAUUACGUCAUGAAUUCGAAUUACUUCGCGUGCAGCGACGUCGUUCCGUUUUGAAUUUUUUUUAAUUACUUUUUUUACCCAUUUGUUUUAGUCCACUCCUUUUGUUUUUCCAAGUUUAUAGGAAAAAAAAAGUAAAAUGAAAAAAAAAAACGAGAACAGGAAGUUUCUAGAAGUGUAUAGGAUACAUAGGAGACGGGUUGGUGUAUGUAAGAAUGUAUUUUUUUCUUGUGUUUUGUAAAUGUGAUCUGAUAGUUGAAUAUGAGUUAACUGAAAGAAAUAUACAAAAAUUUUUAUACUAA